CAAAUUAUAUAGGGCGCUAUAUAAAUGCUGUAUAUUAUUAUUAUUAUCCGAAGGCACAGGUAAAUCUACCCGCAGGCCAGAGAUCAUUGAUCAGGCCAACGUAUCGAUCGUAGGGAACAAUAAAAGCUAGUCUAAUGAAGGUGAGUCUGAUAGGAAAGGGGAGAUGAAAUUAUCAUGAUUUGUGAAAACUUUAUGUGUAACUGUCCAAUGCAUGCGUAGCAUUCAAAUGGUGUUGUGCAACGGCUCAAAUUUCAUGCGUAACGGUUACCGUUUCGCUAAAACAGCCUGGAGAGAACACUGACCCGGGGUAGAAGGGAAACCAAUUUUGUAUAAACAGUGGGUGUGACCCCCCUUUGGCAGAAAGGCAGGGCCAAAGAGGAAAAUAGCUUUUAAAUCCAUCUGUAGGAAUGACAGGAUUAUGUUCACAUUUGGUCAAAAGCAUCCAUGGGUAAAGGGGACCUAAUUUUGUACCAACAAUAGGUCUGACCCCCCUGGGGACAGAGGGGCGGGCCCCAAUAGGGGAAACAUAGCAAAUACUUCCAAAUCCCCCUUUUAUUUUAAGAAUGACAGGAUUUUGUUCAAUUGCAUAUAAAUAAAAACCCUGACUAUCCAUGUAAUACAUGUGCACUUUCAGUGACAUAAUGCUUUUUUAACUUCAAUUUUGCUAACAUUUCUAGAUAAGCGAUACAGGCCCUCUGGGCCACCUGUUAUUAUUAUUAUUCUGCACAAAUCUUGUCACAGCCUUCUAAAUGACACCUGGUAUAUGAUCGCUAUUUUCACAUGUUGUAGGUCAUGGUCUGAAGAUGCCUUUGAAGUAUUGUCAUCUUCAUUGAAAAUUCAAUAUGGCCGAUCACCAUAUGACAUAAGAACUGAUUUUUUUACCAUUUUAAAACAGCCAUAUCUCCCAUAAGUUGAGGUAGUACUAUGUUUUAUUAUAUUUUGCUGAUAGAGUGUGGUCAAGGCUAAAUUUGACCCAUGCUAUGUAAUGAGGAAAAGAGUCAAAUUUAAAUCCUCGCCGUUUGGUCAAUCGUCAGCUAUUUUUAAAAUAUUCUCAUUUUUCACGUCUUCAUUAAAAAAAAGUGUUUUAGUCGUCGAUAGGAGAUGGCCAUCCGAUUUCUUGGAUAUAUUUAUUGUUUCUGAAACAUUUCCCCAUAAAGUCAUAUGACGUGUUCGUUAUUGCCAUUGAUCUUUUUAAAAAACUUUUUACAAACUUCUACGAUCUUGUUCUCCAAUUCUGCCUUUUAAAUAUUAACCACAACCAGUACAUGUAUUCGACUAAGGGCCCGUAUGAAAUGUUGUUACUUUUUGGAGCCAUUAGGAUUUCGAGGUGAACUCCACGGGCUCGAAUUGAAUAAUAACCUAUACCCAUAUAUUUCUUUAACAAUAUCAAGCUCAACUUUUUGUCUCACAUUGUUUUACCAAAAACUGUCAACAUUCGUAUUUCGGUAGGGGUCAACGAUGAAUUAAUCACAAAAGAACGAGCAUGAUAUCGAAAAUAAUAAUGUAAUGUCAAGAUUAUUAAGUACUGGUAAUUAUUUAUGUAAAAUAAAUUAUAUCACAUUAAACAAAUUCUGCGAAGAACACUGCCACACAUCCAUUUCUUUGUAAGAUUAUUCCAUAUUCAUUGAUAUGUGAACAAAUGAAUAUUUCACGUAACCAAAUCAUAGAAAUUGUGUCAUUAUUUUAUCACAUAUGAAAUAUAUACUAACACUUGCGCUAAUUCUCCUUAUAUAAUUUUGUGUGAGCAAGACGCCCAUAGCCCGUGAUAAACACACAUUUAGGAAAAACACAGUGACGGUCAUUUGUAUUUUGCCCGAAAUGUGGUCACUGUAUAUGUUCCAGAUAUCUCGCAACAAUAAAUUGUCGCCACACUCAAUAUUUGUUUCUUCAUGGUUUCAAUUAUGUCCUAUUCAGGUUAACAUCAAGGUUAAGAUACUGACAGCGCCCAGACAAAGGACAUCAAAAUUUGGGGCACCGUCCUCAUCUAUCGAUGUUCUCGAGAAUAGAACGUUUGUCAUCAAAACUAUGUACAUUCCUACCACGAUGACCCCCAAGACACCAGUCGGCAGCUUCUGCCUUAUCAGAAAUUGUGUAGUUUGGGAAUUCGUAAGGGCUACACAAAAGUCAAUGAUUAUGGCAUGUGGGCCGUUCCAAUUUGAUCCGAAAGUGGAGGAGGACUUUCUGGAACCGGCAGUUGUGACGAUUUCCGAGGCGCCUAAGCCUCUUGGGAACAUUGGUGUCUACAUCAGAUGUCCUAACGACGGAAACGUCGAGGAGGAAAGUUCUCCGCCUACAAGACGGCGGGGCCCAGGAAUUCGCUGUGAAACUCUGGGGGGGAGGAAGUGGACCUACCACUCCCCACUAAUGGAUCGACAGUAGUCGUUGGGUGCAUCACGAUUGCCGAGUUUGGAGGAAGGAAAGAGGCCAACUCGACAAAUUGUACAACCGUUACAGUAUGAAUCAUAAAACUCUGCUCACUUCUGAAUACAAGUGCCCCAUUAGCAAAGAGACAAAGUGAAAUUCUAGACGAUGGCAAAAAUGUCCACAAUCAACUCUUUUCCACACAGCUUUAUGAAAUCCUCAUUUAUACUGGUAAUAGCCCUAAAGCUUCCUUCCUGAAAAUGUUAAUCAUGUUGCCUCAAAGGCACUUGACUGAUUAUCAUUAUCAUUCGGUGAAAUGCCAAUUCAUAAACGACUUGCCACAAUCGGCCUGUGGGGCGAUGCCAAAACAAACAACUUGGCGACACACAAGAAUUCCCCCCAUAAUUGUUCAAGAGAUGAGAGAUUUUAAGACUCAAGUUUUGCACUUGUGUCUCACGCAGUCGGGCUAAAUCGAUCAUUUGGAACAACACUACUGUUUAUACAAGAUGUUGUCUCCUUUGCAUUGUGACCCAUGCAAGUAAAACUUUCUUUAAAAGGCGUCUCUGCAUGUGGCUGCCCACUUAUUGCCAUUUCACAUCGCCAAAUCCUUUAUGCUUCAUAAUACACUUAAUUGAUUUCCCAGAACAAUUACAUCAAUGAGUUCCCAUUUCUCUUUUCAGGAAAUUGCAGACGAUGUGCCUUUUGAGGGCACGAUAGAUGCGAUAUCCAUUGACGAGUAUGUAUCGGUGCUAACGCCAUCUUCUACACCAAAACACAGUCCCUAAUUCAAAUCGCCUCAUGGCCACCAACUCCAGCCACUUUGUCCAAUCACAUCCUGCUGAAAGUUUUCAAUGAAUUGUUGCUUGCUGUCAUAUAUGUAAUAAAUCUACAUUAUGUACAUAUUGCAUAAUUCUUUCAUAUAUUUAAUGUAACGCCCCCCAUCUCCUACAAAAUUUUGUCAUCCGACUAGAUAUAAUCAUAUUUGGCAUGUUUCCUAUUUAUAUCAGACUAAUGUUUUCCAUUCCUACUUAUACCUAUCUGAACACAAAUGUAACUGAAACCAGAUAUUUUUACCAAUCAUUACAAAGUAGUUAUUGCCUUUCAAAAAAGCUUUGCUUCUGUGUGUCCCACUGCUUUGCAUCAUAUGUUAUCCUACUGUUGCCAACAAUACCACCAACUAUUUUCCGCACCACAUCGUUGAUGGCCUUUCAAUUACCUAAAUAUCAACCCCACUCCAUUUAAUGUAAAUUUUCCAUGUCUCAACAUACAUUUUUAUUAU